AUGACGUGUAGAAUAGAGAAUAUAGCAUAUAAUGUUCUUUCCGUUUUUUCUCUCUCGUUCCUUCGUUCUCUUGUUCCUCCAUAUGUUUUCUUUCCUUAUGAUAACUCUGUAUUUUUCUUUCCUUCCUUCCUUCCUUCCUUCCUAAAUUCCUUCCUUCCUUCCUUCCACUUUCUUCCUUCAUUCCCCUUCCUUCAUUCCUUCCUUCCUUCCUUGCUUCCUUCCUUCCUUCUUUCCACCCUCCCUUCCCCUUCCUUCCUUCCUUCCUUCCUUCCACCCUCCCUUCCCCUUCCUUCCUUUCUUCCCUUUCCUUCCUUCCUUCCUUCCUUCCCUUUUUUCCUUCCUUCCUUCCUUCCUUCCUUCCUUCCUUCCUUCCUUCCCCUUCCUUCCUUCCUUCCUUCCUUCCUUCCUUCCUUCCUUCCUUACUUACUUCCUUCCUUCCUUUCUUCCUUCCUUCCUUCCUUACAAACUAUAAUUAUCCGGCCAUCUAUUUUCACACAAUUAACCCACAUUUCUUUCUUUCUUUCUUUCUUUCUUUCUUUUCUUUCUUUCUUUCUUUCUUUCUUUCUUUCUACCGGUUUGUCACCUCAGUCUUUUUGCUAUCCCUUUCCUUUCCUGCUUUUCGUCAACGUCUAUCCGCCAUUUUUAAUUUUGUUCUCUUUCCUCCUGUCUGUCUUUGGCGAACAUUUUUCAUUCCUUUGUUCAUCUUUCUUUCUUUCUUUCUUCCCUUUACUUUGUUCUUUCUGUAUUUUCUUUCUUACUUUCAUUCUUUCUUUAUUUUCUUCGUUCUUUCUUUCAAUGUUAUCUUCUUUUUAUCUUUCUUUCUUUCUUUCUUUCUUUCUUUCUUUCUUUCUUUCUGUUGUGGUACGAUACACCUAA